GCCGGGGAAACUUGUGGAUUGUUGCCCUCCGGUCGCUCAGGGGCGGGGACGCGGAACAGAGCCAUGGAACAACAUACGUCGGGGAAUCGCGAGUCCCGGGCCCGGCCGAGAGAGCGGGACCCAGAUCGGCACCCCCGCCCGGACCGAGAACGCCACCCCGAGAGACAGCGGGAUAGAGCCGGGGACCGGCGCAGGGAGAGAAACGGGGGCGAGCGGAGGGACGGGGACCGGGACAGGGGGAGGGACCGGGAACCCCGCCAGGACAGACACAGGGCCGGGGACCAUCGUGGCGGUGAACAAAGAGUUUGGGAACAAUCCCGCCAGAGUCGGACGCGGGACGGACCCCGGCGGCCGACCUGGGACGCGGCCCCGCCCCUCUGGCCCGCGCCUUGGGAAACCGCGGAGCCACCGCCCCUGCGGAAGGAGGGCCUCGGACGCCGAGGACCAGAAAGUGAGCCCACUUCAGGGAGAUACCCACUUUCGACCCCCAGGCCUGGAGUAGAGGAAGUGGAAUAUUACCAGUCAGAGGCUGAAGGGCUCCUGGAAUGCCACAAGUGCAGAUACCUGUGCACCGCGAGAGGUGUGAUACAGAUAGUGGAGGUGAUAUUGAAUGGGAUGGUUCUCAUGUGUAUCGUGGCCUCCUACUUUGUCCUUGCUGGAUUCAGUGCCAGCUUUGCCAGCGGCGGUGGCUUUGGGAACAGCUAUUACUCACCGUUUGAGGGCACUGAGCUGGAGCAGGUUCGGCAGCUGGACCAGCAGUACACGAUCCUCCGGGCGCCCCUGAUAUACAGCGGUGUGGCUGUUUCUCUGGGGCUGGGUGUCCUCACCUUGGGUGUUUUACUCCAAGGAGCCAAGAGUCUAAACAAACUGCCGGGGAAGUGGCUCCUAUUUGAGGCCGCCUUCAGCCUCCUCGCGGCUUUGGGCUACUGCGUAGGCAUCGGCAUUUACCUCCACGCGGCCUUGCGGAUCAAUGCCACAGACACCUGCAGGACAAGAGAGAGGGUCUAUGCCCGCAGGGGUCUCACCUGGAUGAACUGCCAGCUGGCAGGCACUGAUGGAGCAGCAGCCACCUUUGCUUGUCUUCUGGUGGUGAUGUAUGGCGCCAGCGUGGUGCUGGCCCUGCGGAGCUACCGAGAACAGAAGCACUACAAGGACAGCCAAGAACAGCACAGCAACUAUAAUGAUGCACCAGAAUACCUGUGGUCUGGGAUACUCUGAGAUCUACUACUGGAACCUAAGUCAACCCAGCUCCCUUGUUUCUCUCAAAAACCACAUUACACAAAUGUGGUUUUCAUGUACUUGAUUUUAUAAAUGUUCCCUUUGGCACCAAUGCAAAGCUAGAUGAUCAUCCCAUUUUUCUAUCAAUGUCUUUGUUGGCUGAGAGCUAGAAAAAAAUACCUCCACCUUCGCUACAAAGAUCAACAUUGGAAGUUUGCAUAUACGCUUAUGGUUUGACUCUCUUACCAAAUGGUAAGGUAAUAAUACUAGCUAAGUAGCCAGAGAAAUUCUGAAAGAUGAGAACAACACAUCAGGGGUAGCAGGCCCAGUGUUCCAGUGGAAAUAGCUUGCCUGACCAAACUAAAGUCACUAAGAAAAACAUGCCGUUCCUCCCUGUAUUUGAUCCCAGGGGAAUGAUUAUAAAGCAUUUGUGUGAUUAGAUUCCAAAUGAGUAAUUACAUUCUGGCUCUCUCCUGGAGGAAAACUCUCCUGCCUAUUCGACAGUAUACCAUGACUGCAUGGGUCCCAGAGGCUGGAUCCCUGAAACCUGAAGACAGGUAAGGUGCUUUUAGCAUGCAUGUUCCUCCUCGGGAUUCCUGGGGUAGGGCUCAGAUAAAAUGGUUUUUGCCACCUUUCCAAGCUAGUUGCUUUCUUGUUUCAAGUCAUUUGAUUGGAAUUCACUUUCCUGAAAUAUUUUAUAAUUUCCUGAAAUAUGACACCUCCAAAUAGUGAGAAAUAAAAUUCAUAAACUUCUUAAACGUGUUAUUCAGCUGAGUACAAAGAUAAAGCAGUUGAUUUUACUAGACUAUACAGGCAUUUUGGAGCCUUCUUUAUUUCUGCAUCCCUUCCAGCACCCUACAGAGUAGGCCUUCAAAGGUCGAUUGUAAUCUCUCACAAUUCUGAAUUGUUUCCAUAAUGUAACAGACCAUUAACACUGAAUCUCAAAAAUAAAGUUCUUUCAGUAAUUUUAA